AUUAUCCAAUCAAUCGAAAAAGUCCAAUGGGCUAUUGAAGUAGUAACACUAACACAACAACCCACUCAACAAAAACCCAAGCAAUCCCCAAAAACCCUAAUUUCCCCUCCCCCAUUUCAGCAGCAGCCUCAAAAACAGCAGAGGAGAGAGAAAUCAUCCUCAACCCCAGAAAAAUGCAGAUCUUCGUGAAAACCCUAACGGGUAAAACCAUAACCCUAGAGGUCGAAUCCUCCGACACCAUCGACAAUGUCAAAGCCAAGAUCCAGGACAAAGAAGGCAUCCCACCAGACCAACAACGUCUCAUCUUCGCCGGAAAACAGCUCGAAGAUGGCCGCACUUUAGCCGACUACAACAUCCAGAAGGAGUCCACCCUUCACCUUGUUCUUCGUCUUCGUGGUGGUGCCAAGAAGAGGAAGAAGAAGACCUACACUAAGCCCAAGAAGAUUAAGCACAAGAAGAAGAAGGUUAAGCUUGCUGUUCUUCAGUUUUACAAGGUUGAUGAUUCAGCUAAAGUUCAGAGGUUGAGGAAGGAGUGCCCUAAUGCUGAGUGUGGUGCUGGAACUUUCAUGGCCAACCAUUUUGAUCGCCAUUAUUGUGGUAAGUGUGGUCUUACCUAUGUUUACCAGAAAGCUGGAGGUGAUUGAUUGAUUGAUUAAUCAAGGUUUCCAGAUAUUCAGAGAUUUGGGGUUUAAUCGAAUUAUUAUGUUAAAGUAGUUUUUGGGUAUUUAGCUUUUGUUAUCAAACUUAUGUUUUGUUGAGGAUUUAUUAUUAUAAUUACUCUUUUGAGUUUGGAUCUACAAUUUUGAAUCAGUUUAAUGCUGUUUUUAUUUAUAA